AGCCUUCUCUCUCGGAGCUGCGUGGCCCAAGCCCCAGCACUCCAGUCUCCUUAACUUCUUUGACUGAAACUUGCUUCUGCCCUAACAGAGCCAUGCUUCGAGUGAUUGUGGAAUCUGCCAGCAACAUCCCUAAAACGAAAUUUGGGAAGCCGGAUCCCAUUGUCUCUGUUAUUUUUAAGGAUGAGAAAAAGAAAACAAAGAAGGUGGACAAUGAACUCAACCCUGUCUGGAAUGAAAUUUUGGAGUUUGACCUGAGGGGUAUACCGCUGGACAUUUCAUCCUCCCUUGGAAUUGUUGUGAAAGAUUUUGAGACAAUUGGACAAAAUAAAUUAAUUGGCACAGCCACUGUAGCCCUGAAGGAUCUGAUUGGAGACAAGAGCAGAUCGCUGCCCUACAAACAGAUCUCCUUGCUAAAUGAAAGAGGGCAAGAGACUGGGGCUGCCAUUGACUUGGUGAUCGGCUAUGAGCCACCUUCAUCUCCAGAUCCAAAUGAUCCAGAAGGGAUGGGCAUGCAAAGCACAAGAGGAGAAGAGGAAGAGGAUGAAGGUGAUGAAAAUAGGUUUGACAGCAUGGUCAGGGGUCCUGGACCAAGGGCACCAGGCGGAAUGGCGUCUGAAGCUCAGCUUGCUCGCAGGCUCACAAAAGGAAAGAACAGCAGGCGGAUGCUGUCCAGUAAGCCACAGGACUUCCAGAUCCGUGUCCGAGUGAUUGAGGGUCGGCAGUUAAGUGGCAACAACAUAAGGCCCGUGGUCAAAGUCCAUAUCUGUGGUCAGACACACCGAACAAGGAUUAAGAGGGGAAACAAUCCCUUUUUUGAUGAGUUAUUUUUCUACAAUGUCCACAUGACCCCUUCUGAAUUGAUGGAUGAGAUCAUCAGCAUUCGGGUUUAUAAUUCCCAUUCUUUGAGGGCAGAUUGUCUGAUGGGAGAAUUUAAGAUUGAUGUUGGAUUCGUUUAUGAUGAACCUGGUCAUGCUGCCAUGAGAAAAUGGCUUCUUCUCAAUGACCCUGAAGAUGCUAGCUCAGGCGCUAAAGGUUAUAUGAAAGUCAGCAUGUUUGUCUUGGGAACUGGAGAUGAGCCUCCUACUGAGAAACAAGAUUAUGAUAGUGACAGUGAUGAUGUGGAGAGCAACUUGUUACUCCCUGCUGGCAUUGCCCUCCGGUGGGUGACCUUCUUGCUGAAAAUCUACCGAGCUGAAGAUAUCCCCCAGAUGGAUGAUGCCUUCUCACAGACAGUAAAGGAAAUAUUUGGAGGCAACGCAGAUAGGAAAAAUCUGGUGGAUCCAUUUGUAGAAGUUUCCUUUGCUGGGAAAAAGGUUUGCACAAAUAUAAUUGAGAAAAAUGCAAACCCUGAGUGGAACCAAGUUGUUAAUCUUCAGAUCAAGUUUCCUUCUGUGUGUGAAAAAAUAAAACUAACAGUAUUUGACUGGGAUCGCCUUACCAAAAAUGAUGUUGUUGGAACCACAUAUCUACAUCUCUCCAAAAUUUCUGCCUCUGGUGGGGAAGUAGAAGAUAUCUCAUCUUCGGGAUCUGGGGCUGCAUCAUAUACAGAAAAUACAGGAGAGACAGAGGUGGGCUUUGUCCCAACAUUUGGUCCUUGUUACCUGAACCUUUAUGGAAGCCCCAGAGAGUACACGGGAUUCCCAGAUCCAUAUGAUGAAUUAAAUACUGGAAAGGGGGAAGGAGUUGCCUACAGAGGCAGAAUCUUAGUUGAAUUAAGCACUCUUCUUGAAAAGACACCGCCAGAUAAAAAACUUGAGCCCAUUUCAAAUGAUGAUCUGCUGGUUGUUGAGAAAUAUCAGCGAAGGCGGAAGUAUAGCCUGUCUGCUGUGUUCCAUUCGGCCACCAUGUUGCAAGAUGUUGGUGAGGCUAUUCAGUUUGAAGUCAGCAUUGGAAACUAUGGCAACAAGUUUGACGCGACCUGUAAGCCUUUGGCAUCAACCACUCAAUACAGUCGGGCCAUAUUUGAUGGAAACUUCUAUUAUUACUUGCCUUGGGCCCACACAAAACCAGUCGUUACCCUGACUUCAUACUGGGAGGAUAUAAGUCAUCGCCUAGAUGCAGUGAACACUAUCCUAUUUGUGGCAGAACGCUUGCAAUCAAACAUAGAGAUUCUGAAAGCAGAGAUCCAAAGUAAAAGUCCUGCAAGCCAGUUGAUGGAAACGUGGUUGAAUCUGAUGAAUGAGCUUAUAGAAGAUACCAGUUAUGCAUUGCCUCUCCGGGAUGGGAAACCUAACAACCUCACGAUUCUGGAUACUCAAAUAGAAAAACUGCGGUACAGAGCUAUUUGCCAGAUACAAGAAGCAGCUGUGAAAAUGAGGUCUGAGGUCGCAGAUGUGAAAUCUACAUUGACAGAAAUUGAGGAAUGGCUUGAUAAACUGAUGCAGCUGACUGAAGAGCCACAGAACAGUAUGCCUGACAUUAUCAUCUGGAUGAUCCGGGGAGAGAGAAGACUGGCUUAUGCGCGUAUUCCAGCACAUCAGGUUUUAUAUUCCACCACAAGUGAGAAUGCAUGUGGGAAAUACUGUGGGAAAACCCAGACCAUCUUUCUGAAGUAUCCUCAGGAGAAAAACAAUGGACCAAGGAUGCCUGCGGAGCUGCGAGUGAACAUCUGGUUGGGGCUAAGUGCUCUUGAGAAGAAGUUCAAUAGCUUCGCAGAAGGAACAUUCACUGUCUUUGCUGAAAUGUAUGAAAAUCAAGCUCUUAUGUUUGGAAAAUGGGGCACAUCCGGAUUAAUGGGUCGUCAUAAAUUUUCAGAUGUCACAGGAAAAAUAAAACUCAAGAAAGAAUUCUUUUUGCCUCCAAAAGGCUGGGAAUGGGAAGGAAGCUGGACAGUUGAUCCUGAAAGAAGCUUGCUGACUGAGGCAGAUGCAGGUCACUCAGAGUUCACAGAUGAAAUCUAUCAGAAUGAGAGCCGUUACCCAGGAGGCGAGUGGAAGCCAGCGGAGGAUGCUUACACUGAUGCGAAUGGUGAAAAAUCGGCAUCACCCAGUGAGCUAACCUGCCCUCCAGGUUGGGAGUGGGAUGAUGAUGCAUGGAUGUAUGACAUAAAUCGUGCAGUGGAUGAGCAAGGCUGGGAGUAUGGAAUUACAAUUCCUCCUGAUAAUAAGCCCAAAUCCUGGGUUGCAGCAGAGAAAAUGUAUCAUACCCACAGACGACGAAGGAUGAUCCGAAAACGCAGGAAAGAUUUAACACAGACUGCUUCGAGUACUGCAAGGGCCAUGGAAGAACUUGAAGACCGAGAGGGCUGGGAAUAUGCUUCUUUAAUUGGCUGGAAAUUUCACUGGAAACAGCGAAGUUCAGAUACUUUUCGCCGUAGACGAUGGAGGAGAAAAAUGGCUCCUUCAGAAACGCAUGGUGCAGCUGCCAUCUUUAAACUUGAAGGUGCCCUUGGUGCAGAUAAUACUGAGGAUAGCGAUGAAAAGAGCAUGGAAAAACAGAAGCAUAGUGCAACCACUGUGUUUGGAGCCAAUACUCCCAUUGUUUCCUGUAAUUUUGGCAGAGUCUACAUUUACCAUCUGCGUUGCUAUAUCUAUCAAGCCAGAAACCUCCUGGCUUUAGAUAAGGACAGCUUUUCAGAUCCAUAUGCUCAUGUCUCCUUCCUCCAUCGAAGCAAAACCACUGAAAUCAUCUAUUCCUCUCUGAAUCCUAAAUUUGACCAGACAAUUAUAUUCGAUGAUAUUGAAAUCUAUGGGGAACCUCAAACCAUCCUUCAAAAUCCACCCAAAGUUGUUAUUGAGCUCUUUGACAAUGAUCAAAUGGGCAAAGAUGAAUUUCUAGGAAGAAGCAUGUGCUCUCCUCUGGUGAAACUAAAGUCAGAAAUGGAUGACACACCUAAACUUCUCUGGCACCCAGUAAUGAAUGGAGACAAGGCCUGUGGAGAUGUCCUUGUAGCUGCAGAGCUGAUUCUGAAGAAUAAGGAUGGCUCCAACCUUCCCAUUCUUCCCCCACAAAGGGGAACAAAUAUAUACAUGGUUCCCCAAGGGAUUAGGCCUGUGGUUCAGCUCACUGCUAUCGAGAUUCUAGCUUGGGGCUUAAGAAAUAUGAAGAACUACCAGAUGGCUUCUAUCACAUCCCCCAGUCUCAUUGUAGAGUGUGCCGGGGAAUGUGUAGAAUCAGUGGUGAUCAAAAACCUUAAGAAGACACCCAACUUCCCAGGUUCUGUUCUCUUCAUGCAAGUGUCAUUGCCCAAGGACGACUUUUACAUGCCUCCACUGGUGAUCAAGGUCAUCGACCACCGACAGUUUGGCCGCAAACCUGUCAUAGGCCAGUGCACCAUUGAGCACCUGGACCGCUUUCGCUGUGACCCCUAUGCAGGAAAGGAAGAUAUUGUGCCCCAGCUUAAAGCCUCCCUUCUGUCUACUCCAGCCCCUCAAGACAUCAUUAUUGAAAUAGAAGACACCAAACCAUUACUGGCUUCAAAGUGCUUAAGCAGUAUGUCAACAGCACUCAGCAAAAUGGCUUCUCCAACGACAGUGCAUCUGACAGAAAAGGAGGAAGAAAUAGUUGACUGGUGGAGUAAAUUUUAUGCUUCUACAGGAGAACAUGAAAAAUGUGGGCAAUAUAUUCAGAAAGGCUAUUCCAAACUCAAGAUAUAUGAUUGUGAACUUGAGGAUGUGGCAGAAUUUGAGGGCUUGACAGACUUCUCAGAAACUUUCAAGCUGUAUCGAGGCAAAUCAGAGGAGAAUGAAGACCCUUCGGUGGUAGGAGAGUUUAAGGGCUCCUUUAGAAUCUACCGCCUGCCUGAUGACCCCAAUGAGCCAGCCCCACCUAGACAGUUUCGGGAAUUACCUGACAGCGUCCCACAGGAAUGCACGGUUAGGAUUUACAUUGUUCGAGGCUUAGCGCUCCAGCCCCAGGACAACAAUGGCCUGUGUGACCCAUAUAUAAAAAUAACACUGGGCAAAAAAGUGAUCGAAGAUCGAGACCACUACAUUCCCAACACUCUCAACCCAAUUUUUGGCAGAAUGUAUGAACUGACCUGCUACUUACCUCAAGAAAAGGACCUGAAAGUUUCUGUCUAUGAUUAUGACACCUUCACCCGUGAUGAAAAAGUGGGGGAAACAACUAUUGAUCUGGAAAACCGAUUCCUAUCCCGGUUUGGGUCCCACUGUGGCAUUCCUGAACAGUACUGUGUUUCUGGAAUAAAUACCUGGAGAGAUCAACUCAAACCAACGCAGUUGCUGCAGAAUGUUGCCAGAUUCAAAGGCUUCCCACAGCCCAUCCUGUCUGAAGAUGGAAGUAGAAUCAGAUAUGGAGGACGCGAGUAUAGUCUGGAUGACUUUGAAGCCAACAAAAUUCUGCACCGGCACCUGGGGGCCCCGGAAGAGCGUCUUGCCCUUCACAUCCUCAGGACUCAAGGGCUGGUCCCUGAACAUGUGGAAACACGAACCUUGCACAGCACCUUCCAGCCUAACAUCUCUCAGGGAAAACUUCAGAUGUGGGUGGAUGUUUUCCCCAAGAAUUUGGGGCCACCAGGCCCUCCAUUCAACAUCACGCCCCGGAAAGCUAAAAAAUACUACCUGCGUGUGAUCAUCUGGAAUACCAAGGACGUUAUCUUGGAUGAGAAAAGCAUCACAGGAGAGGAAAUGAGUGACAUCUACAUCAAAGGCUGGAUUCCUGGCAAUGAAGAAAACAAACAGAAAACAGAUGUCCACUACAGGUCCUUGGAUGGUGAAGGGAAUUUUAACUGGAGAUUUGUUUUCCCAUUUGACUACCUCCCAGCAGAACAACUUUGUAUUGUUGCCAAAAAAGAGCAUUUCUGGAGCAUUGACCAAACUGAAUUUCGGGUCCCACCCAGGCUAAUAAUUCAGAUAUGGGAUAAUGACAAGUUUUCUCUGGAUGACUACUUGGGUUUCCUGGAACUUGACUUGCAUCACACCAUCAUUCCAGCAAAAUCAUCAGAGAAAUGCAAUUUGGACAUGAUUUCCGACCUCAAAGUCAUGAACCCCCUUAAAGUUAAAACUGCCUCUCUCUUUGAACAGAAGUCCAUGAAAGGAUGGUGGCCAUGCUAUGCAGACAAAGAUGGCUCCCGAGUGCUGGCUGGGAAAGUGGAGAUGACGUUGGAAGUUCUCAAUGAGAAGGAGGCUGAUGAGAGGCCAGCUGGGAAGGGACGGGAUGAACCCAAUAUGAACCCCAAGCUGGACCCACCAAAUCGACCGGACACCUCCUUCCUCUGGUUCACCAAUCCAUGUAAGACCAUGAAGUUCAUUGUGUGGCGCCGAUUUAAGUGGGUCAUCAUUGGCUUGUUGAUCCUGUUGAUCCUGCUGCUCUUCGUGGCUGUGCUCCUGUACUCCUUACCAAACUAUUUAUCAAUGAAGAUUGUGAAACCAAAUGUAUAAGGAAAGUAAAGAGUUCUGCUGGAAGAAGCAUCAGUGAGGGGACCUUACUUCAUCUGUGGGCAAAAAUUAAGAGAAUUUUGUUUGUGCCUGAGACUCCAGUGGCAAGUUACACUAUUUCACCAAAGUCCUUCCAGU